CUGCAAUCAGCAACGCACACACACACACACACGCACACAGACAGACGCAGCAGCUAUGAGCGCAGACGAUGUGGUGUGCACAGGAUGGCUCAUAAAAUCCCCUCCGGAGAAGAAGCUAAAGAGAUUUUCAUGGCGAAAGCGAUGGUUUGUUUUGCGGAGGGGUCGGAUGAGCGGGAAUCCUGAUGUUUUGGAAUAUUACCGUAGCAAGAGUUCCCGAAAACCAAUCAGAACCAUCGACCUGCAGGAGUGCGAGGUCACCAUCGAGGCAGAGGUGCGGCCCACUAAACGCCAGUAUCAGAAUCAGCACCUGUUUGUGGUCAAGACCGCCACGCGCAUCUUUUACCUGCUGGCCAAAACAGCAGAAGAGAUGAACAUCUGGGUACAGAACAUUGGACAGAUUUGCACAUUUGGAGGACUGAACAGACAUGCAGUCUGCAGAGCAACAGCUGCGUCACAGAGGAGCGUUCAGACACACACACGUCUGUCAUAACAGACACUCUCAA